CCUCAUCGUUUCCCCUAUAUAAAACAACCCCCCCAAGGCCCUUCAACUCACAUCUCUCAACUUUCCUUCUACAUCUAAAGCACUGCCGUGUGUAUUCAAGCAAAUAAUUAUCUGUGUUAUAAUAAUAACACCAAUUCCUUUCUUUUUUUGUGUGUGUUGGUUUUCUUUUCAAUGGCGGCUACCAUUACUGCUUCAUCUGAUGAAGGUGUUAAAGUAGUGAUAAUCAAUACUCAGUACGUUGAAACCGAUCCCCUCAGCUUCAAAUCUGUAGUUCAAAGGCUUACAGGCAAGGAUAGUUGCGUUUCAUGGAUAGAGGAGAGUUCGUUUCCCUGUAGUAAAACCCAAACAAAUUAUAAUGUUGCUGCCGGAAAGGUUUCAGCCGAAGGGUCAUAUGGCACAGCCACCGUAGGAGGCGGCUAUGGUUGUGACGGUGGUGGUGGUUGUCAUGUACCCUUGUUUACUACGGGUUUAAGUUUUAAAGAAUUGGAUAGGUUGAUCUUGGAGGCUCCUCCAUUGGACGAGUUGAGCUGGUUGUUGGCUGAGUGCUAGCUGCGAUUUGCAAUAUAUACCCACAAUUAAUGUUUGUAAUGACAUUCUCUUUUCGUAAUUUUUUAUAUUGCUGUUUAUGCAGUAUUUUCUCUUCGUUAAGACAUCGUUUGGAUUGCAUUGAAGCUCAGUUGAAUGCGUUUAAUAAUGGUGUUUAGAUUACACCAUUAGAGUGAGAAUAUUGAGCAAUUGAUGCCCAAAAUUUUGUCUACUGAUCCUUCUAAAACCUCUUUUUAACUUCAUGUAUCUUGUUUUAUUUUCUAAAUUAUAUUUCUAAUGUAUUUAUAUUCUCAAUAACAAA